AUGCCAGAAGAUGAUCCGAACUCUAAUUCGGAUUUCUCUUCAGCUGCCAAACCAAGAUGGGGUCCACAGCACGCUGGUGCAAAGGAAUUGGCGUCCCAUUACUCGUCAGGAAAGAGGCUUCAAGAAACCAUCUGCCUUUUAGUGUGUAUCACUCUGAUGGCUUUCAACUUCAUGCAGCUUGUGAUGCAUUUUAAAUCAGAAAACUGGUACACCAUCCUUGUAUGUUCAUUGUUUGGGAUCUUGGUCGCAGACUUCUUUAGUGGAUUGGUUCACUGGGGAGCUGAUACCUGGGGAUCAAUAGAAAUUCCAGUCAUUGGCAAGGCCUUUAUCCGUCCCUUUAGGGAACACCACAUCGACCCCACCUCCAUCACUAGACACGACUUCAUAGAGACCAAUGGAGAUAACUUUGCUGUCACGGUCCCCUUUUUGGCCCACAUGGCCUACAAGUUUGUCUCGCUGUCUCCAGAAGAAAUCAACAAGACCUACAACUGGGAAUGCUUUGUAUUUUUACUGGCAAUUUUUGUCAGUCUAACUAACCAGUUUCAUAAAUGGUCCCACACAUAUUUUGGAUUGCCAAAAUGGAUUACGUUUCUUCAAGAUAUGCACAUAAUCCUUCCGAAAAAGCACCACCGUAUUCACCAUGUGGCACCCCAUGAAACUUACUUCUGUAUCACCACCGGGUGGCUUAACUAUCCGCUGGAGAAAAUCAGAUUUUGGACAUUUCUAGAAGAUGUCAUCGAAAGAACAACUGGAAAUAAACCAAGAGAUGAUGAUUUCAAAUGGGCCCAGAAACAAAAUUAG